UUGUGGGCUGCAUUUUCUGACACCAUUUCAACAAUACCAAAAUCUGAAACAAUCCUGAUUGGAGGCGAUCUCAAUGGCCACGUUGGAAAGAAAAAAAUGGUUUUGACAAUGUACAUGACGGUUUUGGCUAUAGAAAAUGAAAUGAAGAUGGCAACCGCAUCCUUAAGUUUGCUGAAAAUCACGGGUUUUGUUUACUGA